UUAACGGUCCAGUUGCCACUGGCGACGCGUUGAAAUGAUAAAGGAAUGUCACCCGCCGGGUUGAAAAGUUGCUUAAUGAGAGGGGCGUCUGUUGUAGAUGGGCGAGGCGAGGGACGAAGGACAGCGCGCAGAAGAUGGAGUGGCUCAGAGCAUUUCCUUUGUUCUUUUUGUAUUGGUGGAUAUAGCAUAUAUCGUAAUUGCCGCCACCUACAUAGAUUCUUGCCCCAAAGGACAGAUGAUCCCUAUUUAUAAUAUUGUGUCUGGAGUUGUAAACAUUACCACAACGUUCAUCGAGUGUUAUGCAACAAUGUGUGCCAAAGCCUGUCUGCGGUGUUGGAACAUCCUAUGCAAGGCGCUUGAAGGAAUUUGGUUGGCAGCAGGUCUCUACUGCACCAUUCAAAUCUUCCCGCCUGACUACAUUAACGAAGCCUCUGCCGAGUACUGUCACCAAGUCUUCUACACGUUUUCGUUCGUGACCGUUACCGUCUCCAGCGUCGCCUACGUUAUCUUACUUUGUCUGGAGAUCUGCGCCAAGUGCAGGGGCCGCAGGGAGCCCGAGGCAGUCCCGACGGAGCCGGAGCCCGAUCCCGGCGUGGCCAUUACACUCAUCGAGCCGCCUCGCUCUUCGCACCGAGCCUCGACGGUGGCUUCACCCGCCGCCACCGGCAACACUUCCCAUCGCAAACACCGACCACGACCACUGAAGCUUCGGCACAGAUCCAUGCGUGCAAUCACAGUUUCUUUGACUUUAUCACGUCCUGCAAGGUUCGCAAGAUCUUCCAUCUGCAGACCCCAGAGCCUGCCGGCUCCACCACGAGCAGGCACGGACUUCGUAUGCUAACCAGGGCAUAUUCAAAACCCAGACUCCAGCACCAUCAACGCAGGUUCCAGUGACCAUGGAUUGGCCCUGGCCGUCGAUCCCGGCUGCCCCAGCAACCCAGGGCAUAUUCAAAACCCAGACUCCAGCACCAUCAACGCGGGUUCCAGUGACCAUGGAUUGGCCCUGGCCGUCGAUCCCGGCUGCCACAGCAACCCAGGGCAUAUUCAAAACCCAGACUCCAGCACCAUCAACGCAGGUUCCAGUGACCAUGGACAGCUUCAAAGAGAUUGUGCAACCACCGACUGCGUCUCCAGCCUUGAACCCCAGGCCGGGUCUUCACAUGCUGCGAUUGUGACUCCCGUCUCCCCUUCCCCCACCACCAUGAUGCAAUCCCCUCUCCCUCAGCUCCUGGGCCUCAGAGGCUCCAUCUUCCUCUGACCACAACCCUUCCCUCUGUGGUGAACUAUGUGCCUGUAUGUGCCCCCUGCUGACUGCUCCUGUGGCUCCUCCCACAGACCCCUGUAUAAAGGCGAUCUGAGGCCUGACGCUCGGCCUCAGUCUCCAGGACAUAGUAUGAUGGACACUCACUCCUGGUUCCUUCUUCCAGUCAAUAAAAGCCGAUAUCUCGCCUUACGUCUCAGUGUGAGUUAUUGAUGGUGCA